CAGUUUUUUUUUUUUUUUGAAAUUCUUUGUGACGCCCCCUGAUUUUUUUUUCUCUUCCGUUUCGCCUUUCUUUCCCCCCUCCCCUUCUCUGUUUCGUGGGGAUCUGGUUCGACCUCGCCACUCACGAAGGGCGUGCUGCGUUCCAUCGCUCGCGUGGCCAGCAGCAGUCUUCUUGCCUCUGACGCGCGCGAGUGCCGCUCAACACACACACACACAAAAAAAAAAAAAGUCUUUUUGUGCUGACAGCUUUUGAAUGACGACUUCGGCUGAGCCGAAGCAGCCACCUGUGGGGCUGAACUCGUUCUUUGGCGCCAUCAUUGACGUGCUGGAUGCUGAGCAGAUUUUUCGGCUUGCAGCGCGCGGCGUCUGCCCUCGGCUCGCACGGCGCGUGAGCUUUGCAAAGCAGGACAUUGUUUCCGGAAUCGGGUUUGUCUACGACGAGAACGAGUCGCUCAUCCACCGCUGGACAGACAGGCUCCACUGGGGCGACGCGCUCCACGAUGGCGAACGCGUAAUGAUUUACCGCCAGUUGACGACCGACAGCGAAGGCAAACAAUCACGGGUCGUCAACGGCCUGUGCAAGAAGACCAUUGCGGAUACGGCCUCGGCGCUCCGGAUUGUCUCGUACUACACCGAGUUAGCGCUCCAUUCGAUUGGUCCCUUGCGAAUCAACGCGGACGUGCUGGACGGCGCGAUGCUGCGGUCUCCGUUUCAACGGACCCCAAACCACACCGCACGGAUGCCGGAUGCCGAUGAGCUGCUUCUCGAGACGCUUGCGGGCCGUGAUUACUUUCCUCUGCUCGAAUCAAGCUACGACCAGCUGGUUCAGAGCGCAAGCCGGCCGAAAAUUGUGGGCCCAAACGAGCUGUACCCACCGCUGAAUCUCAAUCUGGUCAGCGGAAGCGCUGCAGGAGGGACUCGCAGGCGCGCUGGUGAAGCUGAAGGUGCUGAUCCCGCAACCGCAGAUGGGCGGCGUGUCCGGGCGCGAAGCACGAGCGACUUGAAUCCGGAUCCUGCCAGCAGCUCCAACAGCACUGGCGCAGCAGCCAGCCUUGGAGAUGCAGUUAAGGGCACUUUUGAAAACGAAGAGGACGAGGAGGUGACAAUGGUGCUCAAACGAAGGCGACGCAGUCGCAACACCUUCACCAUUGUUGAUAGCUCAAAUUCGUACUUGCCAAGUGGCAUGCGAUUGUCCCCCGUUCGUUCCCCGCUGCCCCGCGCUGCGCUGCGGCACAUGGUUUCCACGGCCUUAUCUUCCCAUCCGGAACCUCAGCGAACGAAUGGACACCCGGCAGCUGCAGAAACCUCGCUCGGAGCCAGCAGUGUGUCUUUGGCCACUCGUGUGGCUGAAGCAUCUGAUCGCCAACCGCCGCCGCCGCCACCACCACCACCACCACCAGUAUCAGCAGCGGUAACAGCAACAGCAACAGCAGCAACAGCAGCAGCAACCCCACCUAUCUCGACCAGCGCGUCAUCAUCCUCGUCUGAGCUAGAUGCGAUUCGAGACAUUGCCAAAGUUGAUCCCGCAGCUCCCAGCCAGCAACCAAUCAUCGAUGUAUCCCCACGGAUGCCAGUCCUUGGACCACCACAAAUUCAGUCCCCGCAACUGCAGCUCGGCGUGUCGCAACCAACGUCGCAGCAAGUCCCGAUGUACAAGCAACCAUCACCAACGAGCAUGGGAUUUUCAGUGUACUCUUCGCAGCAACCUCCGCAGUUUGAACCGCAGUACUUUGGAACUCUGCACCAUCAGCAUCAGCUUCAGCCCCAGAUGUACCCGAGUAGUAGCAUGCCCGCACCCACGCCCUCCAUGCAUGUCAUGAUGCUCCCCAACGGGCAGCAGGUGCUUGUCAAUCAGGCUCCUGCGCAGCAACUGUACAUGCAGAUGCCUCGUGCUCAGAAUCCCCAAGGCUACCCGGCAGAGGCACCCGUAUUUGGAUCACCCUUCCCUGCUCCACAGUACAAUCCGCCGCCGCCGCCGAUGCGUCAGUCGAUCGGCAUGAGCUCGUUUCAUCACCAACCUGCCAUGCAGCCAGCAUUCCUUGGACAGCAGCCUGCCCCCACCUUCGGGUUUCAGCCAGUUCAGUACUCGACGCCGCAACAACCUCCUGUUCAAGAAGUCCAGUACGCGAUGCACCCACAGCAAUCCAUGAUGCAGAUGCAGCCCAUCCAACCGCAACUGCAGCCAAUGGGCUAUGGCCCCUGGUCUCAACCUCAACAGCCCCAUCAAGUGGCACAUCCUCAGCUCCAGUAUCAGCACCAAUAUCAGCCACCACAGCAGCAGCAGCAGCCACAGCCGCAGUACCAACUCGUAUACCAGCAUCCGCCACAGCAGGUGCAACAUCUACAACAACAAUCGCAUCAACAACCUCAGCUCGUGCCGCAGCCACAUCAGCUCUAUCAGGGCCAAUCACAGCAACAGCAGCCACAACAGCAACCACAACAGCAACCACCACCACCCCAGCAGCAGCAGCAGCAGCAGCAGGUCAGCCAGCCCGAAGUCAAUUCGGAAGAUCGAGCGAGUGUGCAGGCUCCUCCCACCAGCACCAAUUCUAACGAAUCGCUCCCAAAGCAGGAAAUGCAGCCUGCUUCCGCAACUCUUGAGCCUGUACCAGCGGCUAUGCCAGCUGGAGCUGAGCCACCAACUCUUGCAGAGCCAUGCAACAGCAUCGAGGGACAGCAACAACCUGGAAACGAACGAUAGAGUAGCGCUAUGUGGUUUAGCAACCAUAGUUGUGAUUGAUGCCCAGUAGGAUUCGUCAAAAGUAGUCGUAUUUAUUUUUGUUUGAAAUAUGGAAUAGGCCAUGUUUCAACACAUCAUUGUAUCAUUAUCGUA